AUGGCUCCAGAACUUGAAAGUGGAACAAAAAAGGCAAGUACUACUCAAAAGGAUAUAGAAUUAGGGAGGGCUUAUGUGACUUUCUUAGCAGGUAAUGGUGAUUAUGUGAAAGGUGUGGUUGGUUUAGCAAAGGGAUUGAUAAAAGCUAAAUCUAUGUAUCCUUUGGUUGUGGCAAUUUUGCCUGAUGUGCCUGAGGAACACAGGAUGAUAUUGACGAGGCACGGUUGCAUAGUGAAGGAGAUAGAGCCACUAGCUCCUUCAUUGCAAUCGUCCGAUAAGUAUGCACGAUCUUAUUACGUGCUCAACUACUCCAAACUUCGGAUUUGGCAGUUUGUGGAGUACAGUAAGAUGGUGUACUUGGAUGGUGACAUGCAAGUUUUCGAGAACAUAGACCAUCUUUUCGAGCUGCCUGAUAAGUAUUUAUAUGCGGUGGCGGACUGCAUAUGCGAUAUGUAUGGGGAGCCAUGUGCUGAGGUUCUGCCGUGGCCCAAAGAGAUGGGGCCAAGGCCGUCUGUUUACUUCAACGCAGGCAUGUUUGUCUUUCAGCCAAAUCUCUCCAUCUAUGUUCGUCUCUUGAACACACUCAAAGUUACCCCACCCACCCAAUUUGCUGAGCAGGACUUUCUGAACAUGUACUUUAAAGACGAGUACAAACCAAUUCCUUACACAUACAAUCUGUUGCUGGCCAUGCUAUGGCGCCACCCAGAGAAAAUUGAGGUGAACAAGGCGAAAGCGGUUCACUACUGUUCUCCAGGGGCUAAGCCGUGGAAAUACACUGGGAAGGAAGAACACAUGGAUCGAGAGGAUAUCAAAAUGCUAGUGACGAAAUGGUGGGACAUUUAUAAUGACACCACACUGGAUCACAAGGCGCAGGGUUCUACAGUUGAAGCAAACAGAUUAAAGGAAGCAGCCUUUUCGGAUUCGAAUAUAAGUGCUCUAUAUAUUACUAGCCCAUCAGCUGCUUAGCUAUAUAUAUGACUGGCAAUGAUCAACUCUUGAUGUUAUUAGUUGUGGAGGGAUACUGCCACUUGUUUAUUUUUUUUGGCAGGUUUAGUUUGGUGGUCCAAUAAGUGAAAGUUUCUGUAUU